AUGACCGUGGACGAGGCCGGGCAGCUGGUGAGCUGCAGCAUGGACGACACGGUGCGGUACACCAGCCUCACGCUGCGGGACUAUAGCGGCCAGGGGGUGGUGAAACUGGACGUUCAACCCAAGUGCGUGGCUGUCGGCCCUGGAGGAUACACAGUGGUUGUGUGCAUCGGGCAGAUCGUCCUGCUGAAGGACCAGAGGAAGUGCUUCAGCAUCGACAGCCCCGGCUACGAGCCCGAGGUGGUGGCGGUGCACCCCGGCGGCGACAUGGUGGCUGUCGGAGCCACGGACGGGAACGUCCGCCUGUACUCCAUCCUGGGCACCUCGCUGAAGGACGAGGGCAAGCUGCUGGAGGCCAAGGGGCCCGUGACCGACCUGGCCUACUCCCACGACGGCGCCUUCCUCGCCGUGUGCGACGCCAGCAAGGUGGUCACCGUCUUCAGCGUUGCCGACGGCUACGCGGAGAACAAUGUGUUUUACGGGCACCACGCAAAAAUCGUCUGCCUGGCCUGGUCACCGGACAACGAGCACUUUGCCUCCGGGGGCAUGGACAUGAUGGUGUACGUCUGGACCCUGAGUGACCCCGAGACCAGAGUCAAGAUCCAAGAUGCCCACCGGCUCCACCACGUCAGCAGCCUGGCCUGGCUGGACGAGCACACGCUGGUCACCACCUCCCACGAUGCCUCCGUCAAAGAGUGGACAAUCAGCUACUGA